AUGACGGACCGCCACACAAUCGAGGAGAGACGCACCGAGUCUCAUCGCGAAGCUGAGCCAAUAACUACGCAGAAUCAGGCUGCGCACCCUACUAUAGAAGUUCAGGCUCCUAUUGCUGCUGCGACCGAUAGCAUCAGUGAUGUCGAUUCGGCAUUAGGAGAAGAUAUUGAUUCAUCCGUUGCCUCGCUCUCAUCGAGCAUCUUAGACUAUCAUGAAGAGAACGGCCGUAGCUAUCACGCCCUGAGCCGCGGAAAAUAUGUUCUUCCCAAUGAUGAGAUGGAAAACGAUAGACUAGAUCUUCAGCACGAGCUGUAUGUAAGGACUUUGCGAGGGAACUUGGCACUAUGUCCCAAGAAUCAAGGAGCAAAACGCGUUCUUGAUAUAGGAACAGGCACUGGUUUAUGGGCGAUUGACUAUGCGGAUGCAAAUCCCGACGCCGAGGUGAUCGGUGUGGAUCUGAGCCCGAUACAGCCGACCUUUGUUCCACCCAAUGUCAGCUUCGAGGUCGAUGACCUUGAGAAAGAGUGGACGUGGUCAAAAAAAUUCGACUUCAUCUUUGCCCGCAUGAUGCUUGGCUGCUUUGAAGACCUUCCGCGGAUCAUCCAGGUCGCUUUCGACAACCUUGAACCCGGCGGCUAUCUCGAGCUGCAGGACAUGUCUCUCCCUGCGCAGUCAGAUGACAAGACGUUGCACCCCGAGAGCUACCUCUCAGAAUGGUGCCGACGAUGUUUUGAAGCUGGCCUGAACCUCAAGCGGCCCAUUUUCCCCGUCACAGAAUACAAAAAUUACCUCGCGGCGGCUGGAUUCGAAGACAUUGUCGAGGUGCAAAAGAAGUGGCCGACCAACAACUGGCCACGCGACAGAGAGUUCAAAGACCUAGGCCUGCAAUGGACACCCGACCAGACGCUGCUGUUCUGCAUGCAGACGAGAGAUGAUCUAAGAAAUACCUCCAUACAUGCCUAUUGGCCCAUAUACUUUGUCUACGGACGAAAACCAUAUCCACCAACUCAGUCGUAG